AUGGAUGCGAACAUACAACGCGCCUUGAAUGACAAACUCUACGACAAGCGCAAGGUCGGGGCCCUUGAGUUGGAAAGGGUAAUCCGAGAAUUAGUUGUUUCCAAGGACUAUCAGCGAGUGCACGAUAUCCUCGAGCAACUUUGCAACGACUACGCCUACGCAGUUCACCAGCCUCAUGCCAGGAAUGGAGGACUCAUCGGCCUAGCAGCAGCAGCCAUUGCUCUUGGCCCAGACCUCCCUCGGUAUCUUGCCAAGAUUGUUCCACCAGUCUUGGCUUGCUUUACGGAUCAAGAUGCUCGUGUGAGGUAUUAUGCAUGCGAGGCCAUGUACAACAUUGCCAAGGUUGCAAAGGGCGAGAUUUUGGUCUAUUUCAACAGCAUAUUUGAUCAGCUCUGCCGACUUGGAGCAGAUUCUGAACUCUCGGUAAAAAAUGGCGCCGAGUUACUUGACCGACUCGUAAAGGACAUCGUCUCCGAGUCUGCGGCGUCGUACGUUUCGGUGUUGGAGGCGCCGCCUGGCUUUGAUGAUGACAAGGUUUCCAUGGAAGAUCGUCGCAUAAAUCUGCCCACCGCGUUUUCGCUAACAAACUUCAUACCGCUCUUGAAAGAACGGAUUUGGGUCAUCAAUCCAUUCACCCGGCAAUUUCUCGUCGGCUGGAUAACCCUCCUGGACUCUAUACCAGAUCUUGAGCUCGUCGCCCAUCUUCCUGACUUCCUCGGUGGUUUGCUCAAAUUUCUCGGUGACCAGAACACAGACGUGCGGACUGCGACCCAAUCCUGUCUUGACAAAUUUCUAAACGAAAUCAAGAGAAUUUCCCGCGUAAGGAAGGGCAUAUUGGAGAGCAAGAGAUCCAGGGAAGGUGGCAAGAGGAAGCGACAAGAAUCGAUAGACACGGAAAGCAUUCAGCCAGACCUACGAGAAGGUGAUGAAUUAGACUCCGAGGCAUGCGAAGAAGAAGAGGAGGACAGCUCUGAAGAGGACUGGAUCCCUGGCCAAGACGUUGAAAUCAACUACAAGAAAAUCCUGGAGAUUCUUACCGCGACGCUCGACUCUCCAUUAGAAGAGGACUGCCUGCUAGAGUCUCUUCGCUGGGUCGUUGAGUUUCUUGACAUAUCGCCGGAGGAGGUACUGCCUUUUACCCCCAAAAUCCUCGCUCACAUGCUGCCGGCGAUGGCAAGUAGCAAAGAGACCAUUCACCAGGCCGCAACGCGAGUCAACACUUGUCUUAUGGACUACGUGGUGUCUCUCUCCGAUGAAUCAAGUUUGAACGGCCCACAGGCACAAUCUCGUUCCACCUCUCGGCUUGCUUCGAUCAUGGAUAAACCGGAGGACCCCCACAGCAACAGAGCAUCGCUCUCAGGCAUUCGCGAACAGGAUGUUCCAAGCCUCGGUCCGGACCGCGUUCGAUCUGCAACAUUCGGUGCCCUGUCGGAGCCGCCACAAGCUGACCUGGACUAUAACGCUGCAGUGAACUCCCUCACUCUGCUGUUUCUCAACGACCACGAAGCCACGAGAGUUGCUUCGCUGACGUGGCUAAUCAUGCUACACAGAAAGGCCCCUCGGAAAGUCUUGGCAUUCAAUGACGGCACCUUCCCAGCUCUUCUGAAAACUCUCUCCGACCCAUCCGACGCCGUCGUCACUAAAGACCUACAAUUGCUGUCGCAGAUAUCCCGAAAUAGUGAGGAUGAUUACUUUGCCAAUUUCAUGGUCAACUUGCUGCAGCUAUUCUCCACCGAUCGCAAACUGUUGGAGACGCGGGGAAAUCUCAUUAUACGGCAGCUGUGCAUCAGCCUGAGUCCCGAACGGAUAUAUCGUACGCUCGCCGAUUGCAUAGAAAAGGAAGAGGAUGUUGAGUUUGCCAGUAUCAUGGUACAGAACCUGAACAACAAUUUGAUCACGGCACCACAGCUGGCGGACGUGCGCAAGCGAUUGCGCAAUCUAGAGGCCAAGGAUGGACAGACGCUCUUUGUGGCCCUGUUCCGUUCAUGGUGUUACAACGCAGUCGCUACAUUUUCAUUAUGCUUACUGGCGCAAGCAUACGAGCAAGCCUACAAUCUACUCCAGAUAUUUGGUGAGCUAGACAUGACGGUCAAUCUCUUGAUUCAGGUAGACAAGCUGGUCCAGCUUAUCGAGUCCCCAGUAUUCACCUACCUGAGGCUUCAGCUUCUGGAGCCUGAGAAAUUUCCAUAUCUGUACAAAUGCAUGUAUGGAAUCCUGAUGCUUUUACCACAGUCCUCGGCGUUUGCGGCUCUUAAAAAUAGGCUCAACAGUGUAAGCUCCAUAGGCUAUCUCCAUGUUUCGCCCCGCGGCGCGGCUGUGCCGUCAAGCAGCUCGAACUAUGACCGCCCGAAUCGGCUCAAGGGACGCGAAGAAGGGGGAAUCAGGUGGGUCGAGCUCCUAGAGAAGUUCCGAAGUGUGCAAGACAGGGCAAGGAGAGUACAACGACACAAUGCGGGGAGUGAAGACGUAUCUUCGGCAGACAUGGCCGAUCUCCGCCUGGGAGACGCUUCAUUGGAGCCAAAGAAUAAUGCCCGAGUUCCGCCAGCGGGGAAUGCGCAGAUGACGUCGACAAAGGACAUGGGGCCAACUCCAGCGGCUAAGAAGACUGGCCUGGGAAGACAAUUCGGAAGGCUCGGUGGCGCCGUCUCCGGCAAGAACAGGAGAAGUUAG